CGGAGGUGGGACGAGAUGCUGUGGCCGCCACCGUGGCGGCGGUCGCCCCUUGUGAGGGCAAGCCCACCUCCGGGAUCGGCGAGAGGACUCUGGCGCCCACGGCGCGGGAGCCAAGCCGCGGAGUCUGGUACUGAGUGGGCGUGAGUGGGGCGCAGCCACCAGGUCACGCCGGCGGAAGUAGCGUCGGAGGGGAGGUGCCAGCCUCCGCCGAGUCUCCGCCCUGUCCCGCCCACAAAUGCUCCAGCCCUCGGACGCGGAAGAGACCGCACAGCUAAAGAACCGCCCCCUGCUAGCGCAGGACGGCAAAACUACGGAGCGUCGCAGGAUCCAGCUAAGCCAGCCAGCGUCCAGUCCUCGAGUCACGUGACUGGAAGUAGUCUGGGAAAAGCGGAAGUCGCAUGUGGGAGGAGGCGGCGGGGGGCGGCACUCAUAUGGAAUCCCUCGUGGAGUUCGGCCGGAAGAGCAACCAAGAUGAAGGUGAAGAUGUUGAGUCGCAAUCCGGACAAUUAUGUCCGCGAAACCAAGUUUGACUUACAGAGAGUUCCAAGAAACUAUGAUCCUGCCUUACAUCCUUUUGAGGUCCCGCGAGAAUAUGUAAGAGCUUUAAAUGCUACCAAACUGGAACGGGUAUUUGCAAAACCAUUCCUUGCUUCGCUGGAUGGUCACCGAGAUGGAGUCAAUUGCUUGGCAAAGCAUCCAAAGAACCUGGCUACUGUCCUUUCUGGGGCAUGUGAUGGAGAGGUUAGAAUUUGGAACCUGACUCAACGGAAAUGUAUCCGUACAAUACAAGCACAUGAAGGCUUUGUACGAGGAAUAUGUACUCGCUUUUGUGGGACUUCUUUUUUCACUGUUGGUGAUGACAAAACUGUGAAGCAGUGGAAAAUGGAUGGGCCAGGCUAUGGAGAGGAGGAAGAGCCAUUACAUACAAUAUUAGGAAAGACAGUGUAUACUGGCAUUGAUCAUCACUGGAAAGAAGCUGUUUUUGCCACAUGUGGACAGCAAGUAGACAUUUGGGAUGAACAAAGAACUAAUCCUAUAUGUUCAAUGACCUGGGGAUUUGACAGUAUAAGUAGCGUUAAAUUUAACCCAAUUGAGACAUUUCUCUUGGGAAGUUGUGCGUCUGACAGGAAUAUAGUACUAUAUGAUAUGAGGCAAGCUACUCCUUUGAAAAAGGUUAUAUUAGACAUGAGAACAAAUACAAUUUGUUGGAACCCUAUGGAAGCUUUCAUUUUUACAGCGGCAAAUGAAGAUUAUAAUUUAUAUACUUUUGAUAUGCGUGCACUGGACACUCCUGUAAUGGUCCAUAUGGAUCAUGUAUCAGCAGUCCUUGAUGUGGAUUACUCUCCCACUGGGAAAGAGUUUGUGUCUGCUAGUUUUGAUAAAUCUAUUCGAAUCUUUCCUGUAGACAAAAGUCGAAGCAGGGAGGUGUAUCACACAAAGCGAAUGCAACAUGUUAUCUGUGUAAAAUGGACUUCUGAUAGCAAGUAUAUUAUGUGUGGAUCUGAUGAAAUGAACAUUCGCCUAUGGAAAGCUAAUGCUUCUGAAAAAUUGGGUGUGCUUACAUCGCGAGAAAAAGCAGCCAAGGAUUAUAACCAGAAAUUGAAGGAAAAAUUUCAGCAUCAUCCUCAUAUAAAACGUAUAGCUCGUCAUCGACAUCUACCAAAAUCUAUCUACAGCCAAAUUCAGGAACAGCGCAUCAUGAAAGAAGCUCGUCGACGGAAGGAAGUGAAUCGUAUUAAACACAGCAAGCCUGGAUCUGUGCCAGUUGUGUCAGAGAAGAAGAAACACAUAGUGGCAGUUGUAAAAUAAUUGGUAUUCCUAACAAUCCUGAUGUAUAAUUAUUUUUUACUUUUGAUUUGAGAACUCUGCAAAUAAAAGUAUUGGGACUAGAUUAAUUGUGAACA